AUUAUGUGAUUAGUGAACCCCCAGUAUCUACGGACUCUAAAUAUGCUGAUUGGAGAGCUGAAGAUGCACAAACUAGGAGUUGCUUGUGGAAUAGCAUGGAAUCUAAGAUUAUUUGUAGUUUGGUUUUCUUACCAACUGCUGAACUCGUUUUGGGAACAAGCCAAGGAGCUUUACUCUGGUGUUAACAAUUUGAAGCAAAUUUAUGAUCUUCAUCAAAAUUAUUUCUCCUUGAGUUUGAGUGAUUUGUCUUUGGAAGACUACUAUAACAAGUUUAAGGGUGUGUGUGAAGAACUCAAUAUUUAUCAACCCAUCUCCUCUCAUGUUAAAACUAUGAAGAAACAACGAGAUUCUAUGCAUGUUGCUCGCUUUCUCUCUGGAUUGCCUAAAAGUUUGAAUACGGUAAAAUCACAAAUUUUAGCUAGUCCAAACCUCCCUUCAUUAAGUGAAGUUUUUGGUAGACUUCAACAGGCCACAUUAUUUGACUCGAGUAUUGCCCCUUUCUCUUCCUCCAGUACUGAUGCAUUACUUUCUGGUGAUAAAUCUGCCUUUACCACUUAUACGGGGAGUAAUAGAGGUGGUCGUGGAGGUCAAGAUCGUGGGGGCCGAGGUCGUGGAGGUCGUGACCAAGAGGGUCGUGGUAGUGAACAAGGGGGUCGUGGUAGAGGAUGUGGUCUUCGUAAGUGCACUUAUUGUCAUGGUGAGAAUCAUAAAGUAGACUUUUGUUGGGAGUUGUAUGGUAAACCCUCAGCUCACCAAGCUAGUUUUCAAGUUGAAGAAUCACCUUCACAAUCACUUCCACCAACAUCCAGAAUAGUCUCUAUUCCUGAGGAAGAGUACAAUCGCCUCUUGUAUCUGCAUUCCAACUCUGUUGCGUCUGAUUCUACUACUACUUUGGCUCAACAAAGUACUUCCACUGCUUAUCUUGCCACUCAGGACCCUUGGGUCAUUGACUCAAGUGCUACUGAUCAUAUGACAAGUACCUUAGGUUUACUCUCUAACCUUGAGCAAUCUAGUAUUCUUUCCAAUGUUACAUUGGCAGAUGGCUUAACAACUAUAGUUUUCGGUUUGGGCAUUGCCAAUCUUGGUCCUAAUCUUUCUCUCUUUUCUGUCUUAUAUAUUCCUAAUUUUCCUUUUAAUCUUUUGUCAAUUAGUAAGCUUACUAAAAUUUUGAAUUGUGCUACCAUUUUUUUAUCCACUCAUUGUAUCUUUCUGGAUCUCAAGAUAGGGAAGAUUAUUGGUGGAGGGCAUAAAGCCGGUGGACUUUAGUACCUGGAUCGAUGUGGUUCUUCCC